UCGUCGCAGUGAGUUCAUCAUGAGCUACUGCCAAGAUUUCAAGUACGCGAUCGGCUGGAAUCGCUUCAGCCUCGACGUCCUCGGCGCCUGGCCACGACGCAAUUCAGGAAUAAUUGACCGCCAAAGAUCAUUAGUUUUCGCUCUGGGUAUAAUCAUUCUCAUUUACCUGCCUCAAUCGGCUAGUGUCGCUAUCCACUGGGGCAAUAUGGACGCUGUGAUAGAGUGCCUGUCUGUCAACGGUCCGGUAUUCCUAGCUUUCGCUAAACUCCUUCUCUUCCGAUAUCGCCGAAAAGAGAUUAGAGUGCUAAUUGAUUUUAUGAACGACGACUGGAGAACUCCGAGGAGCCCUGAGCAACGUGAGAUCAUGUUGAGGACCGCCAAAAUGAGUCGAGUCAUAUCCCUUGGGUCGGGGAUUAUCACUCACACAUUAUUCGUCGCUUAUAUUUUUUACAAGAUAUAUUUCGGACUAGAAGAAAUGAAACGCACGGAUUUGGACCCCCGGCUUGCCGUGGGUCUCCUGCACCCCGCCUGGCUUCCAUUCGACACCAGAAAUAUUCACUAUUUCAUACCCAUGUGGAUUGGCCAGUGCAUCUGCACAUUCUUCUCAAUGACCAUUUACGCUGUCUUCGACUGCAUGAUUUCGGCGAUGGUCCUCCACAUCUGCGGACAGUUCUCAGUGAUAGGAAUAACACUGAGGGAUCUGUCUGAUGACCAACUCAGCAGUCAUUCAGAUUCGUUCCCCUCAAAAUUGGCAUCGAUCAUCAAAAGACAUGAGAAACUGAAUGACUGCAUCAGAGUCAUUGAAAAUUCGUUCAGUUCUAUUCUCUUACCCCAAAUGCUCAUUUGUACUUUUACCUUUUGUUUCCAAGGGUUUGCACUUAUCACGAGCCUCGUGGGUUUCUCAUCCAGAAAAGUAACAUUUCUGGAAACAGCAUUUUCUGUCACUUACGUCUUCUACACAGUUUUACAUCUCUUCGUGUACUGUUACAUAGGCGAUCAGCUCCUCGUAGAGGUAAUCCAGAUAAUAUUUUUCAUACAAGAUAUGUUUCCCACUGCCUUUGACCCUCCGCAGAGCUCAUCAAUCAGCUACUCAGCUUAUGACAGUCAUUGGUACAACUUACCAGCGUCCAAGGCACGUUUCCUGCUGUUCGUAGGAUACCGGUCACUGAGACCGCUGCGAAUAACGGCCGGAAAAUAUUGCGGCUUUUCCAGAAACUUAUUCAUCAUUGUUCUAAAGACCUCUAUGGGAUAUCUGUCAAUGCUGCUGACCAUCAAACGGCGAAUGAUCGAUUAUAAUUUAUUAAAAAACUGCAACUGUCACUUUUCCGUUUGUUUUCUGGUACUUUUUGUUAAAUUUUUCUGUCCGUCUGGCUUUCCCCUGAUCAUCACCACCGGUUUUCUGUCCAUCACCCUUCGCAAACCUUCUCUCUUUACAACAGCUGAAACCCUCUCCACCAACUGCCCAUUAAAUGAAGGUAUAAUCAGCGAACAUCGUUCCCAAGUUUUUCCACUAAUACUGGCCAAACUGGUAACGUCUGGCGAUCUUGAAUACACUAAUUUUCAAAAUAAAUAUGGAGUACUUUAUCAUACCAUAAGCGCGACUAAUGGGAAUAUGCGGAUUAUUUUUAAAGUUCUGAACUCAUUGUACGAUUUUGCUUACAGUUGCGGUUGGAACCGAUUUUUACUCAGUUUGAGUGGCUUCUGGCCGGAACUUCGGUCGAAUUUUGUCGGUAAAUACUGGCCGUUGAUUAACGCAAUUUUGGUUCUGGGGGUGAUAAUCAUACCCCGAUUUGCUGCCAUGUGUUUAUUCUGGAAUGAAGUUGACGCGUUCAUUCAAUUUUUCACGACUCAAUUGGUAUUUAUCAAUGUGUUUUUCAAGUUGAUAGUACUUCAGCUGGGAAAUCGAGCUCUUAUCGAUUUAUUAUCAAUGAUGCGAGCCAACUUAUCAGCGGAAUUGACCAAUGAGCAGUACGUGCCGGCCAAGAGACUUGCCAAUUUUGGCAGGACCAUCUCGAUAAUUGUCGGCGUCAGUGCCGUUGGUGUUGUGAUCACUGGUGUUGUUGCAAUGAAAUUCUAUCAUUUGGACAGCCUCUACAUAAAGAAUCCCGAUCCACGAUUGUCGGUUGAAUUUUUUUUUGUAACUUACUUGCCAUUCGAUGUGACACAUAUAUUUACCUACGUGACGGUACUCUCCCUGCAGCUCUAUGUAUCACUCAUCUCUACUAUUAUUAAUCUCAACCUGGACAGCUUUGUCAUGAUGCUCGUACUGCACAUUUACGGAGAAAUGGAAGUUAUCGCUGUUGUCUUGUCACACUUGGGAGAUGGAAUGGAGGAUGACAGAGAGGUUCAGCUACAGCUGAGGAGGAUAGUGAGGAAACAUCAGAUGGUUUGUCACAAUGAUGGAGUUCACAGAUAUGUCAAGAGUCUUGGAAGGUUAUUUAGCAUACCCUGGUUUUUGGAGCUCACCAGUUGUACUUUGAUUAUUUGUUUUCAGGGGUAUAACGUCCUGAAGCUGCUUCGUACUGACCAAUUCGGUGUUUUUCAACUGGGGUUCAUCAUCUUUUCGACAUCCGGUAUACUUACGCAAUUUUUCCUCAACUGUUGGGCUGGCGAGUGCCUUCUGUUACGGAGUUCGAGAAUUGGGUAUUCAUUUUACCGCAGUAAAUGGUAUGAAUUACAGCCAUCGACCACUCGCUCAUUACUAAUGAUAGGUCUCCAAAAAGAACGUCCGUUGACGUUAACUGCGUGGAAAUUCUCAGUCCUGUCCGUCAGGCUUUUCCUCCAGUUGGAGCUCAUCGAGCUAUCGCUAACCCAGUUGGGAGAUAAUGGAGAUCAUGAGGGGAAGAGCUUCCAGGUAUUGCUGGAGAACAUUGUGACAAAGCAUCAAUCUAUCUGUCAGUUUGUCAAAAAUCUCGAAAAAUUAUUCAACUUCCCGUGGUUUUUUGAGCUUGUCAGCUGUACUCUGAUGUUUUGUUUUCAGGGAUAUAAUGUUUUGAAGCUUCUGCAUAAUGACCAACCCGGUGUUUUCCAAAUAAGCUUCAUAAUGUUCUCAACAUUUGGUGUACUCACGCAGUUUUUACUGAACUGUUGGGCCGGCGAAUGUCUCAUAUCACAGAGUUCAAUGAUUGGCUCCGCAUUCUACGAUAGCAAAUGGUAUCAGUUAUGCCCCGCGGAAGCGCGUUCAUUGAUGAUGAUGGGUUUUCAAAAAACGCGGCCAUUGACGUUAACUGCAUGGAAAUUUUCCAUAUUAUCUGUCAAGCUGUUUCUCCAGGUGAUAAAAAAUUCAUUGAGUUAUCUGUCCGUAUUGUUAAUAGUGACAGAUUUUUAGAGUUAGUC